AUGAAUGAUCCCCUGGUCAUGGUAAAGAAAGCUACAGAUGGGGCAAGGUUCUUUAGCACAAUGAAUUUGUCUAUGGGAUAUUGGCAAAUAAAAUUACAUCCAGAAUCCAAAAAGUAUACAGCAUUUUCGUUUGAUAAGAAAUCAUAUCAUUUCCAUAUAUUGCCAUUCGAACUUAAUAUCUCUGUGUCUGUACUUAUACAUGCAUUAGAUGACUCACUAAGGAGAGAUUUUAAAGGAUUUGAUAAUAUACAAAGACAAUAUCCUAACAAUAUCAGCUACUUGGGAGGAAUAUUGUCUAACCUUGCGCAAGACUAUGAAAAAAUUUAG